UCUAAUCCAAAUUCUAUAUCUGAACAAUGACUAAGUUGACUAACCUGAUGGAACGCUUUAGUAUCCGGUAAACGGUUAGCGGCCGCUCUCGACGAGACUCAACGAGAAAAAGUUGGCGUGUAAUAGCCUAUUCCCAGCUAAAUCCGUCCCGCUUCCAAAGAAAAACACCAUCGCCAUGGAGAGAUGCAUGGUUACAACGGUCUAAGUCAAGGUCAAAACACUGUGAUGAUGGCGAUGAUUAAUUUUUCUGCCAUGGACUCGGGGUAUUUGAGGCUUGGCUUCUCCCCAAGUACUCUGAGUUUUGUAGUUCCUUUGUUCAUCCAUCUCUUUGCGCUUGAACUACCUCGAUCAAGAAAACUUUUUUUGAAUCAUGUUCCCCAUUAAAGUGGGUGCCUUCAUGGCAGCGAUAACCCUAAUCCCUUGUGUCUUCGCAGAAGCUAUUCCCAAACCUCCACAAGCCCUCGCGUUCCAUAGCUCAGACUGGCCGGACUUUGAUACCCACGUCAGGCGUUGGUCCAGCUACUCAGCCCCCAAGUUCACGGGUGUCUUUAAGCCAAAGACUGAGGAUGAGUUAUCUCAAGGUAUUGCCUACUUGGCAAAAAUCAAGCAGAGAUUGCUAGCCACCAAAGCGGGCGGCCAUGGAAACAGUCCUACCCUUGGUACGACAUAUGAUGAACUUGUCCAAGUCAACAUGGAGAACUUCCGCCAUGUCGUCUUUGGGAAGGAAGGGGAGGGGAUGACAGUGACCGUCGGGGGAGGAGCGAGAAUGCAGGAUAUCAUCCCUCGGUUGCACGCCGAGGGUAGAGAAAUGACUAUCGGCUCGUUCCCAUGCGUCGGCACUCACGGUGUCCUACUCGGCGGCGGUAUGGGUCGUCUCAUGGGCAAGCACGGCCUAAUGAUCGACUCGCUUCUCCGCAUCAAAGUUGCUCUCUGGAACGGCACCAUCGUCGAGGCCUCCGAGACCUCUCACCCGGACCUAUUCUGGGGCAUGCGCGGCGCCGGCCACAACUUCGGCGUCGUCGUCGAGUCGACCUUCAAGACCUAUCCCGACGAGGGCGGCAUGCACUACAACGCCGACAUGGUGUUCACCGACGACUCCAUCGACUCCGUCCUCCAAAUCACCAAAGAAGUAAUCGAAGGCGGCCUCGACCCCUCCGUCUUCCUCAUCCUCGGCUACCUCUUUGACUCCACCGCCAUGAAACCCGUCCUCUUCAUCAACAUCGUCUCCGCCCACGACACUGAAGCCGGCAAAUUCGUCUCCGCCAAGUUCGCCUCUUCAUCCUCCACUACUGCCUCUUCUCAGAAAAUCACCCGCACCCACUUCAACGAAACGCUCAUCACCUUCGCCGACCUCGGCUCCGGCGCCGCUCUCCCGGGCAUCUGCGCAAACUCCCUCUCCCAAGACCUCUACACCGCCUCCUCCCCCACCCUCUUCUCCCCCGAGAGCAUGAAAGCCGUCUACGCUUACUACUCCUCCUUCAUCGCGGCCUACCCGGCAGCCAACCGCUCCAUCCUCCUCUUCGAAGCUGCCUCUCCGCACGCCAUCGCUUCUGUGCCCGACGAGUCCACCGCCUACCCGCACAGAGGAAAGAUGAUUACCAACGCCAUCAUCCAGGUUACAUGGGACGAUCCCUCGCUCAAUGAGGUGGCAGAUGCGUGGGGAAGGGAGACGAGAGAUUUGCUGGCCAGGCCGGAGAAUAGUGGAUAUGAGCGGCUGUAUGCGUAUAUCAAUUAUGCGAAUCGGGAUGAGCCGCUGCAGGCGCUGUUUGGGUAUGAGGAGUGGCGGUGGGAGAGGCUGACAAGACUUAAGAGGGAGUAUGAUCCCGAGGGGUACUUUGAUGGGUAUCAUGGGAUUCCGAGGGUGGUGGAGGGGUGGACUGAAGGAUGGGGGAAGGAGGGGGCGGGAAGCGGGGGUGAUGGUAAGAGGCCGAUGAGUACGCCUCAUGAGGAGUUGUAGGUUGUGUGGGUUUGUUGCGGGUGGGAGUGGUGUGCCGUGGUUGGUG